AUGUCGCCCCCCGACGGUCGAGACGCCACUUCAACGUCCCUCGAGCCCGGCAUUCCACACUCUGCACCCACUUCCAUGGACCGCGGCGUGGCGAUCCCGAACGCCCACAAAGUCCUCACGUUCUUGCACGCGGUCUUCGGGCUCUGCCAGCAGGUUCGGGACCGGCCUCGCGCUUGUCUCCACGCCCACUCGAGACUGCACCAGACGUUCCUCCGGAUCGCCCACGUCGCCAAACUCGGGGCCUUGCCCUCGACGUUCCGUUUUCAGCUCUACAUCGCAGUCCUGGACGAGUUCAAAGCGGUUCUGCACCAGCAUUUGAAGCUCCCGAACGUCGUGGCCAAAGUCACGGCCAGUCGCCGCCUGUUGUCCGGAGUCGCCAAAGUACAUUCGGACCUGAACGGGCUCCUGGUCAAGAACUCCUUGACGAGCGCCACGAGCGCGCUACUCGAGUGGAAGACCCAGUUCGCAACCAAUCGACUCCAAGACGAACAGGCGCUGCACGAGACGCUCGUGGCGCUCUUGUCCACGUCGACGUUCGUGAGCAAGGAACUCCCGACGGAGCGCCAACAAGCGCUCGUGCUGCUUGAAUUAAUGGCAGAAGUCGCUCCACACGAGCCGCUACGAGGCCAUUCGUCGCAACUGGUGGCGACGCUCAAGAUGACACACGGCCGGAUCGUCACCUUGUGUGAUUGGCGUCUCAGUACUCGCGUACCCAAGUGGUUCUUGCCAGGAUAUGAAGUGAACUUUUCAGUGUCCGACCAGACCAUCGGGCAUGCAAGGGGCUCUUUUGGCUCCACGCUUCAUCGUGGAGAGGUGUACCGGUACACGUACAGCAAGGACCGAGCUCUGUCGAGCGCAACGUCCACGGUAGCAGUCAAGUGUCUCUGGGCACUGCCUGACGUUCACUUUCAGUACCUGGAGCAGCUCUUCGAACGCAGUGGCGUGUCGAAAUGGACACGUGUGCGACACCCAAACGUGGUGACGAUACGGGGAGCUUCCCACGUUGUGACGCCGCCAUACUUUGUGAGAGACUUUACAACUUACGGUGGACUUACGACAUAUCUUGAAGCCCUGGAAACACGGGCGAGGGAAUGUGCAGGUUCAGAAAGUCGUGGAAAAAUGGAGACGCUGACUUGGCAGUUACUGUACGGAGCCAGUCGUGGACUACUGCACCUCCAUGAGCGACACAACAUUGUUCAUGGUGGAUUACGCUGCAACAAUAUCCUCGUUGAUAAGAAAGGUCGGGCUGUGAUUGCUGACUUUGGAUUGUACACGUUGGCAUGCGACGCUCGAGAUUCCGGACUUACCGAAUACUUUCAAUUGGACGUUUUCGACGCAGACGCUGAGGAAUUAAUACGAUGGCAAGCCCCUGAGUGUCUGCAAGAGCAUGCAGCCUAUCGAGCGUCACUUCAGUCUCUUUCGGAAACUGGGUCGGCACUAGUGUCAUCACGCAGUCCUAGUGCGUCGGCCGCUUCAUUUGCCACAGAUGUGUACGCUUUUGGAAUGUGCAUUUUGGAGGCCUUGACUCGCACAGUGCCCUGGGCAGGGCUUGACAUUGCAAAGAUUCGCACGCUGAAAGCGAAUCAGAGUCCGCUUCCUCCUCGACCAAGGUGCAUUUCAUCUCAGGGAUGGACACUGAUUGAGAAGAUGUGUGCAGCCGAUCCGGAGAAGCGCAUGUCUUUGGCCGAGGCUUCGCAGGAGCUCAAGCGAUUUGGAUACGGAGACCGCGUGUCAUCUCAGUCACGCAGUCACAGUUCGAUGAAUUUGGCACUAUCGGAGGCCAACGCAAGUGCCAAAGUGGAUCGUGUGUUGAAUUCGUUGGACGAUGUUUCACGAAAACUCGUGCACCUCGGUGGCAGUACGAAUGAUUUGGGGGCGCUCGAAGCAGAUGCAGUUGCCGAAGUUGAGCAUGUUUUUACGUCACUGGAAGAAGCCUCAGAAGAGCUUCAGAAUAUACAGAACCGUUCUUGCAACGGGUGUGCUACAGAUAUGGGGGAGUUGGAAGAAGAAGCAUCGCAAAAACUAGUCCGCGUGCUGAGUCGGUUGAAUAUUGCCUCCCGAGAGCUGAAGCGACUGGGUAUGGGCGACAAAGCAACAAAUGCGUCGCGAUACAGCGCUUUUGACCUGGUACAAGGAGCACACGAGAAGUCGAAUCGACCAGUUUGUGAUAGCCCUAGCAGUACAGUUGCUGAUCAAACGAAGUGUUUGCUUUCCAAAGCGGACGGGGGUCAAACGAAUGACGAUGGGACAUUGAUGCCCUCUGCGGAGAUGCUUCUUAGCCUGCCAUCCGUACCAGUCAAGAAUGUCGAUGAAAUGGUCGCUAUCGGAUGGGAUAAGAAGCUUGAUCAGCACCUCAUCUCGAUUCCUGAUGUAUCAGCGAUAGAUGAGAUUGUUUCUCCAUUGAAAAAUUCCAUCCUUGCGCGCAAACGUUGCUUUUCCUCUCCACAUAAAGCAAGAAGCGGUGUUGCAGCAGGUGGUUCAUUGGCACCAGUUGCAAAAGAAGCGGAAAACGUCUGGUGUUUGCCCGAAGAGUGGGGGACGAAGGUCGCUCGUUCACAACAAGUAGUUCGCUCACGGAGCAGAACACGAUUUGAAAAGCGCAAGAAUGAUUGUAGUCAAAGCGAUCAUGGAUCGACCGUCAUAGACGAUGUUACUGAUAUGACCUCUGCUACUGAUGCCGACAUCUACCCGUUCGCGCACGAGCAACCCGAGCACGAAAUGGAUAACGAUAUUGUUGGCGUAAAAGUUGUGGUUGCUGAUGAAGAUUACCCAGGAUUGCUGAGUUGUAACGAAGACGAAGAAACGUCCGAGGAUGUGACUAGCGGCGAAAGCUCAAUGGAUGAAGAAAUGCUGAUGAUCAUACCUGCCGAGUUUCAGACGGCUCGCAGUUUUGACGAGGAUGAUUCCACGUCGUCAUUGCACCCAGUAGCGCGUCUCCUGGACAGUCUAAGGGUGGAGCAUCCUGACAAGGCUCGUGUCGUCGAAACGCUGGAGGCUAUAAAGGAGGCUCUUGAGAUGUCCACGGCACGGAUCAUUGUGGAUCGUGAGGGUUUUCUCACUUUGAUGGAACUUGUGUGGAGAGAUUAUUCUGAGGCUUGCACGAUGCACGCUUUGGAUUUAUUACAAUCAAUUGCCGGCCUCGAUCCUGACUUUGUGACAACUUUGGUUGAGUCGAAACUUGUGAAGAUCUUGCUGGCUGUUAUCAAAUACCGAUCAUCUCCUCGACAAGUUGACUUGGCAGCAUCGUUUCUUCUUGAAACUAUUGUCGAAAACAAGGAGGCAACGGAACAAUUGUGGAAGUGCCGUGGUGUCGGUGUGAUGGAGGAUAGCAGCGUAAUCAACAAACGACUUGUGCAGGAAGUGAAGUCUACGAUGGCUAAAUUCAAGCGCAACGAAGGCUUGAAGUGUCUUGAGGACGGUGAAUUUCAUUUGGCGAUCGACAAGUUCACUGAAGCGAUUAAUUUGGAUCGCAAGCGUGCGGGGUACUACGGUGACCGAAGUUUGGCGUAUAUGGAAGCAUCCAUGUACAAAAAGGCAGUGGAAGAUGCCUAUCGCUGUAUGCGCUACAACCCGUACGAUGUGACGGGAUAUUUACGCCAUGGCUUGGCUCUUCGAGCAAUGGGAAAGUACAAAGAGGCGGUCGAGACGUUGCGGAAGGGGACGGAGGUUGAUCCCAAGUUCGUCAAAAUAUUUGACGUACUCACCGAGACUAAGCAGCUGUACAAGGCUCAGUUGAAAGGAGUCAAUGAUGGCGCCACGUUGCGCCGCAUGACGGCUGCUGAGUCUGCAAAACUUAAGAAGAAGGAUGGUGACGAUGCACUUCGAAAGAAGGAUUUUGCGCUUGCAAUCGAAUGCUAUACGGAAGCUCUCGAGCUUGAUCCGAAGAACGACUGGAUGUAUUUGCACCGAAGCAUUGCCCAUGCUGCUCAAACGGAUCAUGCUAAGGCAAUUGAAGAUGCAUCCAAGUGCAUCCGACUCAAUUACCGUCAGGUCGAAGGAUACUACCGUCUUGCGUUGGCCUUACAUGCAGCCGGUCAGCAUGACCAGGCGUUGAGUACACUUUACCGUGGUCAGGAAGUGAACGCGCGACAUGUGGGCAUCUCUCGCUUUAUCGUUCAGCUCGAAGAGGAGGAGGCGAAGGAAGCAGGGCUGUCCUUACCCGUGUGGUUUAAGGAAAAAGGGUAUAGAGCGUUUCAGCUGCGCUCGUAUGAGGACGCUAUCAAGUUCUACACCAAGGCGAUAGAUGCUUCGCAAUCUGACGAUGAUGAGGUGGUCAUGCACUGCUACUUGUACCGUUCCCGUGCUAGCCAGACGCGGGGUGAGUUUUCAGCCGUCAUUGCUGAUUGCACAUACGUGCUGGAUCGUUGUCCAGAGAACGUUUUUGCUCGACUUCGAAGAGCAGAUGCAUACGAGCAACAACGUGACUUCCUUAUGGCUCUCAAGGAUAUUCGGGAGCUUGCGGCGAUCAAUCCGGAGUAUGAAGAUGCGCAUGCCCGCCUGCAAUCUCUUGGGCACAAAUGCCGACUUCUUCCUGGUGCAUCUCAGCACAAGAGUGUUGGAAUUGGUCUGUGA